AUGUCGCAUUGUCGAGGUCAGAUGAAAACUCAGACCAGCGUUUCCACCGUUGUGAGAUCCACAGGUUUGUCAGCUGGGCGGACACGGAAGAACCCUCAAAUUGGCAGAAAGUUUAUUGGAGGCAAGGGAUCAGAUCAGACGUUACAAAACAACGCUAUUAUAGAGACGUUACGGUCAUCUGCAGGGAGAAACGAAGAUAUGAAAAUACAUCAAUCUGAAGACCAAAUCUUUGAGAUGUUUAAUGCCACAAAGAAGACAAUGCGCAUCAUGUUCAUGAUCACCUGGGUUAUGCUUAAGGAGAAACCAAUAGGUGAUAGUUUCGUCAUUCCAGUGAUCGAGAAGUUUCUUCGAGGGCAGGCCCAAAUCCCAGAUUUUUCGUUAAAUAUGCCGGUGAUGAAUCCCUCGUUAUGUAUGGGUGCACAACCAUUGGUGCACCUCCCUCCUCGCUCUACUCAUUUUCCCGCUAAUGGAAAAUUUCCUUCUCUCAAGCCACUUGCAAGUACAAGAGCCGUUGUUAGGAGAGGAUUUGGUUUAGGCUCUAAGAGCACAAGAUCGGUCUUUGCCUGUAACGCUGCGCUGAAUGCAAAGUGCAGCCAAGGACAAACACAGACUGUUACGAGGGAAUCACCAACAAUCACUCAAGCUCCUAUACAUGGAAAGGAGAAAUCCCCAAACCUUGAUGAUGGUGGAAGCGGGUUCCCACCUCGGGAUGAUGGUGGUGGUGGUGGCGGAGGAGGCGGUGGAGAGAGCUUCUCAGGUGGAUUCUUCCUUUUCGGGUUUCUUAUGUUCAUGGGAUACUUGAAAGAUUUGGAGGGCGAACAUGAAACCAGCCACUAG